AUGAAACAGUGGCCACUGCCUCGUGAACAGGUCACAGCGAUCGACAAAUUCUUUGCCGAUCGUUUAGCGGCUGGUCAUGUGAAGGAAUCAAGAUCCCCACACAUCUCUCCGACCUUCUGUGUGCGAAAGGCCACAGGAGGGUGGCGGAUAGUGCACGCGUUCAACAAAUGGAACACUGCAACGGCACUGGCCCAAAAGCCGAUACCAACGAAGGACGUCAUCAUAGAUGGUGUGGCAAAGAGUACCAUCUUUUCGUCCAUGGAUCUGCUGGAUGGAUUCUAUCAGAUCCUCACGCGUGAACGGGACAUCCCGUACACAGCAGUGAGCACCCUCAGUGGUAUGCUCUGGGAGUGGCUAGUGAUGUCACAGGGAUAA